AUGUCGGAUACUGACAGCCUUGCAAGGAAAGGAAAAGCUUCAUCUGAGGACAACAUCAUAGACCCGUUAGCUCCUAGCAAAGUUGAAUUGAGCAGCAAAAUGGAGUUGCCCGAAAUGAAUCAGGAUGAAAGCACACUCAAUGGAAUUGUACAACUGCAGGUGAACGACUCUGAUGACGAUGACAGCGAAUCACAAACAAAUUCGAGCAAAACACUGUCUCAUACUAUGAAAAUAGAAGACAGCCUGAGUCUCAAUAUGACUGAGGCAAGAGACGCGGAAUCAAAAUUAUCCAUCCUCUCGGGAAGUGAGCAGUCGACGCCAAGCUCGCCUGCGCUUGCAAACGCGAUAUCAUCUUUGAAGUCACCUUCGUUUGGAAACGAGCAGUCGACGCCAAGCUCGCCUGCGCUUGCAAACGCGAUAUCAUCUUUGAAGUCACCUUCGUUUGGAAACGAGCAGUCGACGCCAAGCUCGCCUGCGCUUGCAAACGCGAUAUCAUCUUUGAAGUCACCUUCGUUUGGAAACGAGCAGUCGACGCCAAGCUCGCCUGCGCUUGCAAACGCGAUAUCAUCUGUGAAGUCACCUUCGUUUGGAAACGAGCAGUCGACGCCAAGCUCGCCUGCGCUUGCAAACGCGAUAUCAUCUUUGAAGUCACCUUCGUUUGGAAACGAGCAGUCGACGCCAAGCUCGCCUGCGCUUGCAAACGCGAUAUCAUCUUUGAAGUCACCUUCGUUUGGAAACGAGCAGUCGACGCCAAGCUCGCCUGCGCUUGCAAACGCGAUAUCAUCUGUGAAGUCACCUUCGUUUGGAAACGAGCAGUCGACGCCAGCAAAACCUGUUUUUACUUGGAGAAGGGCGGACGAAUUUGCGCAUGCUACUGUCGAUAUUCUGAGAAGAAUCAAUGCUGAUCUUUGCAAAAAUAAGGAUCUAAGGAAGAUUCAAGAAUUGUAUCAGACAGAGAUUCAUCGAAAUCCGCGGAAUGUCGAGAUAUUGAGAGCCUACUCAUGCUUUCUCGCUGGGAUUGGAGAACGGAAUUCUGCUGAAAAAUAUUUGCAGGAGGCUCUCCAGAUCAAUCCACGCUCACUAGAAUCCUCAAUCUCUUACGCAGAAUUGUUGUUGGCAGGAAUUGAUUAUAAGCGACGCUUUCAUGAGUUACAGAAGGCUGAAAUGCUCCUCCUGAGAAUACAAGACAUCUUUCCGGACAACCGAAGAAUACAACUGCUCUUAGACAGAAUUACUUCCACAAUAUCGAAGCAUGACAUGAGCAUGUUUGUCUCUAGCUCUGGAUUUCUCAAUAUUCAGGGGAAAAAAGACAGGCAAGAAUCGAUGCCAAGUUUCACUCCGCAGCGCAGAAGAGCACAGAUUUCUACAUGUUUCAACAUGCUGAAGGAAGCCGUAUCAACCUUUGAAGAGGAACUUUCAAACAUCAAGCAUGAAGAAAAAGACAAGUCCAUUAACCCGGAGAAAGCGGAAGAAUUAAAGCAGAAGGCUGAAGAACGCCUGAACAGGGUGAAGCUUGAAUGCCUGAGGGAAGACAUGAUAAACAAAGACUCAAACUCCAAACCGUUCUCCUUUGAGCAUGACAAUGAUUCGAGCAAAGGCAAAUCAGAAAGAGACACGCGGAAGGAUGAAGACGAUGAGGAUGUAUUGUCAAGAGGAAAGAAGAAGAAUGACAAAUCUAUGUUUUUCUGCAUCCCGAUCUCACUUUGA